CAAAAUAUAGUAACUACACCUGCUCCCCCUUUCCCUCGAUUGAAUGGCUUCCGGUGCUAUUACUGUUUCUGUUGUGAAAUCCGGAUACUGGACUUUCGGGAAAGACCCUAUCCGGCUACCAUCAGAAAUACCUUCCGAACUCUUCACACACCUUUAUGCUGGCUUUGCCAAGGUCGACGAUGAUGGCAGGCUGGUGAUCCCAGACGAAUACUUGGAACUAUUCCAACUCUUCACCAGAACCGUUCGAGUUCGAAACCCUAGCGUGAAAACUCUUUUAUCCAUCGGUGGGGAAGGCGCUGACCUAUGUCCAGUGGUGGCAAGCAAAGAGAGGCGUGCAAAUCUCAUAAGGGACUCCAUAGAUCUAGCGAGGAAAUUCGGUUUCGAUGGCCUGGACCUCUGCUGGCUGUACCCCUCCAAUGCCAGCCGGCAGAAACCGCUUGCCUCGCUCCUCUCUGAAUGGAGACAUGCCCUGGACGAAGAACUCACGAAGACAGAGAGCCCAGCUGAUAAGUUGCUUCUAACAGCAGCGGUGUUUCACCACCCGGUCAUUUCUGAUACAGAGGGUCACAUUAUUUUCAGUUAUCCCAUUCCGGAUAUUUCAAAAAACUUGGACUGGAUCAACGUACUCGCCAUUGACUUCUAUACUCCCUCCAAUUCACCCAAGGGGACUGGACCGGUUCAUGCAUGGGAUACUCGACCUAUGGAUCGACCAAAAAUGUGCGGAAAAAUAGGCAUUGAAGAAUGGAUUAAGAGUGGCGUUGAGGCCAACAAAUUAGUCCUCGGCCUUCCAUUUUAUGGCUAUGAAUGGAAACUUUUAAAGGAGAAGACAGAGUUUGGGUUCUUUGCACCGGCUCGUGUAGAAACAAGUAACUCCCUGUCCUACAGAGAUAUCCUGAAAGAACUCCGGCGGGGUAUUUAUAAAACCGAGUAUUCUAGGUCCUAUGAAGCUGUUUACUCGCAUGAAGUGAAUGGGAAGAAAUGGAUUGGUUAUGAUGAUGGAUGCAGCAUCACUGGAAAGGUUACCAAGGCACUAUUUGUUGACUUCAAAUUGCGCGGUUACUUUGCAUGGCAUCUGGAAGACGACGACUGCAACUGGACUCUUUCUCGUUCAGCCUUCGAGUCAUCAGUAGAACCGCCGGCGCCUGAGGCUAAUCCGUAAUGGCCGCCAGUAUAGUGAAGAAUAAUCAACAGCAUGGCCAGCAAUCAGAUCAUAUGGUGUGUUUGCUAUGUACGUAUGUGUGUUUGUGUGUGCUUGUAUUAACAAUAUUAAGGCCAAUGGUAUCAGAUAUACCGAUGUUCUGUUACAAUUAUAUGUAAAAUAGAAGUUGGUAAUUGUAACAUCAACAAUAAGGCCAAUGGCUAUGCUGUGUUAA